AUGGUUUACCAGGCUGCGCGACUGUACGAUCAGGGCUAUGCGGGUGGGGAAUAUGCGAAUGCUGGAAAAUUUCUUGCAGCUGAGGCUGCCUUUGAGGCGUGCGAGCGAGCUGUUCUGGCUCAUGGGGGUAUGGGAUACGCCAAGGAGUAUCACGUUGAGCGAUAUCUGCGCGAGGCCUUCAUUCCUCGUAUUGCCCCGGUCAGCCGCGAAAUGAUCUUCAACUACAUUGGAGAACGCGUGCUCGGCCUCCCAAAGUCAUACUAG